CUGGACCAACCAAGCGGUGCCAGGCCAGGUGUGCGCGUCCGUUGGUCCUUCCGUGCCCGCGCCGGAGACCAGCCCCCGGAGGCCGCCGGGCUCGUCCCUGUGCCCGGCACCAUGAAGCAGGAGUCCACAGUCCAGAACACUCCUCCCGCCUCGCCACCCCCUUCACCACCUCCCUCGCCAGCGGUGCAGCAUCCUCGGGAUGACGGCGACCCCCAAGCUCUGUGGAUUUUCGGGUACGGCUCCCUGGUUUGGAGGCCCGACUUCGCCUACAGUGACAGCCGUGUGGGUUUCGUGCGCGGCUAUAGCCGCCGCUUCUGGCAGGGAGACACCUUCCAUCGGGGCAGCGACAAGAUGCCUGGCCGUGUGGUGACCCUCCUUGAAGAUCGUGAGGGCUGCACUUGGGGUGUGGCAUACCAGGUUCAAGGUGAGCAGGUGAGCGAGGCCCUGAAGUACCUGAACGUGCGGGAGGCAGUGCUCGGUGGCUAUGAUACCAAGGAAGUCACCUUCUACCCCCAAGAUACCCCUGACCAACCACUCAAGGCAUUGGCUUACGUGGCUACCCCACAAAAUCCUGGUUACCUGGGCCCUGCACCUGAAGAGGCCAUUGCAACCCAGAUCCUGGCCUGCCGUGGCUUCUCUGGCCACAACCUCGAGUACUUGCUACGCCUGGCCGACUUCAUGCAGCUCUGUGGGCCCCAGGCACAGGACGAGCACCUGGCAGCCAUCGUGGACGCUGUGGGCACCAUGCUGCCCUGCUUCUGCCCCACUGAACAGGCUUGGGCGCUGGUCUGAGGGGUUGAGCCCCUGCAGGGAGUGCCCAAUAGACAUGGGGCCACGUGCCUACUCCUGUGGCACACAGCAGACUUGAUACAGCUCACUGAAGGGAUUUGGUGGGUGGUGGGGAGCUUCUCUCCCUAAGCCCCUGCCUGUCCCAGCAGUCUCCAGCUCUCCUGCCUGACACUGACUUACUACUUGAAACUAUUUAUUGCACCAUGUUGGUGUGGUGUGCAGGGUGGGGGGCCUGCCCUGGACAUAUGGGCCCUGCUGAGCGGUGCCUGAUGAGAUUCCCCCCAGUGCUGCUGCUAACCCCAUCCCACCCAGGCCACUGCUUCCCCACCCCCAGACCAACUGUUCUCUAGCCCUGGAAAUAUGCCACCUGUGAAAAGUCCCAGCCUGCUUGUAAGGGACAGCAGGGAUUGAAGAGAAGGGGGCCUUAGAAGAACUGAGGCACCUAUGGGUCUGGCUCUUCCUCCCACAUUCCCAGGGCAGAACUGGAUCUGGAGCCAGGUACAGCUGCCUGGGUCUCUUGGCCAUUUGGCUUCGUUUCCCUGUUCCACUGUCUGUUUACUUGUCAGUUGGUCUACUCCUGGGAAGCUCCUCACUGUAGGCCUGGUACCUUCUCAGUCUGACCCAUACUGUUACCCAUAAACUGAUCCCUUAUUA